AUGAUUUUGCGUACAUUCGCUCGAAUAAACCGACCACAACAGCGAUGGUUCGAUCUCACUAUUCACCGUCAAUUCCAUCAAACGGCUCGAUUAAAUUGUGGCGUUCUUUCCUACUUCUAUAAUUCACCAACUCCAAGUAUUCGUUCAAAUGACGACUAUCGAUCGUUGCUGAACGGUCUAAAUACCUUGAAACAUCGUGGUCCGGAUGGAGCGCCAUCGUUAUGGCAAAAUGAAGAGAAAACGGUCGGUCUCGGUCAUACUCGUUUAUCAAUCAUUGAUUUAAGCGACCGUGGUCGACAACCACUGCACUCUUUCGACCAGAAGCUACAUCUCUCCAUGAAUGGCGAAUUGUACGAUCAUGAUCGAAUUCGUCGGCAAGGCAUUGAACAAGAUGAAUACCAAUUUCUCAGUGAAAGUGAUAGUGAAAUAGCCCUAUAUUUAUAUCGAAAGUACGGUCUCGAAUUUCCAAAAUAUCUUCGUGGGGAGUUCGCAAUAACAAUGUAUGACGACGAAAGAAAAAUAUUCAUCGCUGUUCGAGAUCGUUUUGGCAUCAAACCAUUGUAUUACACGUAUUACGAUAAUAAACUACUAUUUGCUUCAGAAAUCAAAGCUUUGUUUGCAUUUGGAGUACCAGCUGUUUGGAAUGAAGAGGUUAUUUAUAACGUUGGGCAAAUGCGUAGUUUGCAAACUGUUUUCAAAAAUAUCCAACAAGUUCCGCCUGCUCAUCUGUUAAUCGCAACAGAAAAUGGUACAGUGCAUCUGUCGAGAUACUAUGAAAUGUCAUACAUCACUCGUGAAGAGGAAAAGAAUGAUGAACGUACUGAAAGGGAAAUGAUCGAUGGUGUACAUGAACACCUUUUGAAUGCAGUUCGUCUUCGUAUGCGAGCUGAUGUCAAAGUCGGUGUGUUCCUCUCGGGUGGCCUAGACUCUUCGGCUGUCUUAGGUAUUGCAACGACGCUGACAGAUCAACCGAUCGACACAUAUUCCAUUGCAUUCAAAGAACAUGUUGAUUUCAAUGAGCAAAGUUUGUGUAUUGAAACGAACAAACAUUUUGGCUCGAACAAAACCACGCAGCACAUCGUGGAAAUAACGCAUGAUCAAUUAGCUGAACAUUUCGAUGAUUUUGUUUGUCAAUAUGAAUAUCCGCUAAUGGCAACGAGUCCAGUGGGAAAAUAUAUUUUAUCCAAAAUAGUUCAAGAGAACCAUGGAAAAGUGGUUCUAACUGGUGAAGGAAGUGACGAAAUCUUUUCUGGCUAUGUUCCAUUUCGUCAAGAUUAUCUAUCAUACGAUCUUCCGAAUGAUCCAUCCGUCUUUCACUCGACGACUGAUGAGCAACGUGAAAAAAUUGUCGAAUCGUUAUCGCGAAAUAUUCUAAGCGCAAUGGAUAGUCUCGAUUGUCGAGAUCGAGAAGCAGACUGCAUUCAGACAAUGGGCUAUUUUCCAGCUCAAGAACGUUCAUUAAUGUUUGCAUGGCAUGGCAUUUUUGCUGACAAUCUCAAAGAGAAAUACGAGCAUUUUCAUUUGAAUAGUUUUUAUCUCAAUGACUCUACACUUUAUGAUUAUCAUAUCAGACAACAAAUGAUGAAAUAUGAAAUUUCACGUGUACAUUCAAGUCAAUACAUGAUGAUGAAAACAAUUCUGUUAAAUAUUCUUCUGAAAGCUUAUGGUGACACGGCAGAAAUGGCUCAUUCAGUUGAAGGACGUUUAGCGUUCCUUGAUCACUACUUGGUUGAUUACGUGAACCGUUUACCAACGAAAAUGAAAUUGAAACUGCAAAAUGGUUCGAUUGUUGAAAAAUAUAUUUUGAAAGAAGUGGCGCGGCCAUAUAUUACGGAACAAGUUUAUCGAAGAGAGAAACAUCCGUUUGCUUCACCACCAUCUUUACUCAAUCCAAAAUCGAAAAUUUAUCAAUACAUUCAGGAUACAUUCAAUUCAAACGAUGUGAAUCAAUUGAAAGGUCUUUUCGAUAUCGAAAGAUUACGUGAAAAAUUGAAUAAUUUACAUAAAAAUCAAGAAUCAAUGAAUAAGCAAUAUCUAUGGGGAGAAUUAGCAAUUAUGGAGGGACGUUAUUUGAUGAUCUGCAGCUGCUUAGCAUUAACUAAGCGCUUCAAUGUUAAAUACACUUAG